AUGUUCAGCGCGGUAACUAGGUUGCACUUCGGAUAUACAACCGCCAGCUUCCAAUCACGCAGUGUGUAUCACAACAUAAGGUUGACGGAAACUCGGGGACUUUGCCUACCUGAUGAGCCCCAAGAAGGGCGAAACCGAUCAUGGGCUGUCGAAGAGUUUUCAGCAACGUUGGGAGUAGUUUCCUUUAUGGUUUAUUUGUCUUGUGGAAAACGAGUGACCCUCCACCUGUUUCGGAUGCUUGAACUUGGAAGUGAUUACAGCCGGAAAGUAACCGGACCAGUGACUCCAGAUACUCGCUUGUUGAGAAAUAGGAAAUCGAUAAAGGAAACUACUCACAAGUUUGCUGAAAACUCUUCGAUAGCCCACGACCGGUUUCGCCUUUUUGGGGGCUCAUCAAAUAAGAGCAGUCCUCGAGUUUCUGUCAACUUCAUGUUCUACUUGAGCCCAAAUUGGAAUUCGUUAUCUUCUUUUCAAUAUUCAUAUAUUCCAGCUCCGUUCAACCACCAAAAUACAUGA